AUGUUUGGUGCAUCUCGUCGUGUCAAUGCGACACUUGUACAGGCAGGAGCGGACAAAGAGAAUGACGUGCCUGUAGCCUCUCGACAAGCGAGCGGAUCUCUAGGAGCAGCUGGUGCCAAGGCCAAAGAGGAGGCUCGGGCGCGCAAAGUGGAAGCGAGACUUGUGGAGGCGGAGAGGGAGCUCAUUGAAUUGAAGCGAUCCAAGGAGGAAGUCGAAGUGGAGCUGCGUGAGUGGAAGGGAUGGUACGGCGGUGAUUGAGCGUGAGGCGCAUGUGGAGUCGACUCUCUGCUGAGGCGUGUUUCCCUGCGCUUUUGCGAUCGACUUGCAGGUUUGGCAGGUCAAAAGAGAACGAAGCUCGAAUCGGCAUUGGAGAAAGCAAGAUCCUCUGCCACUUCGGGCACGAACCUCGUUGCGCUGCGAGCGCAGUUCAAAGAGUUGGAAUCGCUGCACGCGACGAGCAAAUCGGAGUGGAGCGGAGCGAUUGCCAAGAACAAGGCGGAGCGCGAUGAGGCGAGAAGCGCGGCUAGACGGUUGGGACAAGAAGUGGAGAGCUUGAGGAUGAAGAUGGAAGAUGCACAGACCGAAAAUGCCGAGUGGCGAGCCGAGCUGGAGAGAAGAAGCGUGGCGUUGAGCGAGGCGGAGCAGCGCGCCGAGAAAGCGGAAGCCAAGCUGCAAGAACAGCUCGAGCAGCACGACGACGCUUCGCAGCAGCUGCACAGCCUGCAAGAGCACAUCACGAGCUUAGAAGAGGAGGUGCAGAGCUUGGAUGAGCAGGUCGACCUGUUCAGGGGUCGCGAAGAGGCUCUCAUGAAGGCGUCUGCGUCCGUAGGGCAGGAAUUGCAAGCUGCCAAGCUGGAUCGAGCGGAUGCCAUGCGCAUGAUCAAGAUCUCUACAGCUCAACGAAAGGAUGCGGAAGCCCAGCUGGAGCAGAUGGAGCAGGAGAAAGGAAUGUCUGAAGAUGCUUUGAGCGCUGUGAAGGAGCAAGAACAAUCUCUGCGCUCUCAGCUGGCCGAAGCGCAGGAACACAUCCAAAAGUUGCAAAGCAGGCCUUUCUGCGAGAUCCAUAUCAGUGCGGAGUCGAGCACGCCUCAUCAGUUCGACCAUGCGCCAUCCAACAAUGUGCAGGAGCUCCAGCUGGAUCGGGAAGCGUAUGAAGCGGCGAUCGCCGAUGCGAAGCAGCGAGAACAGCUGAUUCGCAUCGAGCUGGACGGUAUGCAGGACAUGGUGACGAGGAUGAAACAUGAGCUGGCCGAUUUCCACGAGCGCCAGCCGGAUCUGCUUCGAGAGGCUUCUUUGGCCCAUCAGGCCAUCGUCCAGUCGCAAGAGCUAAAAAAGCGCAUCGGUACGCAAGAAGCUCAGAUCGGCACCUUGGACGCUUCGCUGGCCAAAGCGCGGGAAGAGGCGGUGGAAGGAUCAAGUAGAGCACAGGCAUGGCAGGUGCACAACGAAGCUCUGCAGAAGGAGGUGUGCUCGCUCAAGGAGCAGAACAAGUGUCUCGUCUCUCGGCUCAACAACGCAAAGGCCAAAGAAGAUCGCUGGAGCGACGACUGCAACGAGCUGCAAGAAGCGCUCGCCAAUGCGGAGCGCUACCAAACCGCCUACGAAACGCUGUCGAAAGAGUACAAGGUACUACUCUCUCGCGCAUUGCAUGCCGAGUCCGAAGCUUCACUGCUUUCUACGCUCAAUGCCGACCUAGCAUCGCACGAGAAUCCGAUGCAAAAAGUGCACUACAUGGAUCGACUUCGGCGAGAGCGCGACGAGGCGAAGUACGAGGUGGUAGGUCUCGAAGAAGAGGUGCGGACUUUGAGACAAGAGGUGCAAGAAACCAAGAGGAAAUUGCACUGCUUUGAAGCGAUCGAGGUGCCCCUUGCUCAGAGACAGAGGACCACGUUGACUCGCGUAAAGAGGUACGCACAUCAUCGCUCCUCUUCGGCUAGAAAGAGUCUGGAAAAGAUUAG